UGAAUGUAGCUUUACAGAAAGUCUCUUUUUUUAAGAGCGAGACUAGAAUUGUAGAUUAAAAUAAUUGAAGACUAAAAUAAUUGAGGACUAAAACAAUUGAAGAUUAAAAUAAUUGAAGACUUAAAUAAUUGUAGACUGAAACAAUUGUAGACUGAAACAAUUGCAGACUAAACUAAUUGUAGACUAAACUAAUAGUAGAAUAAAACAAUUGUAGACUAAAAUAAUUGUAGACCAAAAUAAUUGUAGACUGAAACAAUUGUAGACUAAAAUAAUUGAAGAUUAAAACUAUUGGUGACUAAACUAAUUGUAGACUAAAAUAAUUGAAGACUAAAAUAAUUGUAGACUAAAACAAUUGUAGACUUAAAGACGAAAAUAAUUGAAGACUAAAAUAAUUGUAGACUUAAACAAUUGUAAUAGAAUUGACCGGCGGUAGGAGGACGCCUUCCCUACCUAACAUGGCUGCCACGGCAUCCACCCUCCUCCUCUUCGUCUCGCCGUGAGCGCCCUCCCGUGGCGAACGGAAGAGGGUUCAAAUAGAGCGGCCAUGGACACCUCCUCUCGCUCGUCUUCUCCUUCUCCUCCUCCUCCUCGUUCGUCUCCACCGCCGACGGCUCUUCCCGCUCUCUUCCCAGCUUUCUCCGGCGCCCAAGACGCCGACACUGACGCCUCGAGGGGCCUGGGUUGGCUCAGCAACCAGAGCUUCCGGACUGUCGAUGCCUUGGCUCUGAACAGCCACGUCUGUCCAAGGCGGUGCUCGGAUAGCAGCUACAGCUCCUCCGAGGAUUCUCAAGACAACGAUCACCAAAGAAGCCCGCUCCGGAGAAGUCCAGUCCGGAGAGGCCCACAUCGGAGCAGUGGUGAUGAUGAUGAUGGUGAUGAAGAGAGGAGGAAGGCAGCUGCAGAAAAGAGGAAAAAGGAGCAGAAGAAGAAAAAGAGCAGCAAGAAGAAAAAGAAGAGGCAUCACCGGCGGCGAGAUGACAGCCACUCGUCAAGUGAUAACGAUAAAAAAAAGAUGGGGAGAGACAUUGUCAGCCGUGACAAAGUGCAAAGCGUGAAGUCAGAAGCCGAGGCCCCAGUACAGCAGCACGGCAUUUGGCUCGAGGAUCUCACCGACCCCGCUGCCAGCCCCUUCUACCAGGACUCCAAGCCCGACAUCGCCAACUUGCAGUACAUGUCCCUGUACCGGGCGCACGUGGCCAGGUACCGGAGGAAAGGUCAAUCUUGCCUUGGGCUGCUCACUGGACGGCAGGCGGUGGAGUGGCAGACGCCCGGAUCCGGCAAGAAGCACCAUCGGAAGCGGCAAGGAGGCGGCGUUCGUGACGGUCGCUACUUCAGCCCCAAUGCUGUCGCCGCCACCGCCGCUGCUAUGGAAGAAGAGGAGGGACGGACGGUGGCACCACGAGACCCCGCGCCCCCGCCUACACCUGGGGAGUUCCUCCCGCUGAAGUCCGCUCCCGUUGGCGGCGCGACUGAGCGGGCGGCGAGGGAGAUGGUGAACCCGCUGGGCGUGUACGAUGACUCCACCACGCUGUGGCUGCAGGGGAAGGGGACGGAGGGCGACGGCACGAGAGAGCAGGACUCAAGUGGCAUCACGGCCCUGAGCGCGAGGGAGCGACGACUGCGCGACCGCGUGGAGCAGCUGAACCGCGCCGUGCGGGAGGACCCCGGCGACGUUGCCUCGUGGCUCGCCCUGGCUCGGCUGCAGGAUGAGCUGGCGCGCGACGCUUCCUCGCUGCUGCUCAUGAUUGACGGCGGCGGCGGUAGCACCGGCGGCGGGGGCACGGAGAAGAGUAGGAAGGUGGCCGAGCGAGCGGUGCUGGAGAAGAAGCUGUCGGUGCUGGAGCGCGGCGUGGAGUCAAACCCGAGCUCCAUGGCUCUGCGGCUGGCUCGCCUUGAGCUGGGUCGCGACCUCUGGGAGUCCGGGCGCCUCGCCGGCGAGUGGAAGAAGCUCUCCUUCCUGCACCCCAACGACCCCGAGCUGUGGCGGCAGUAUCUGCUCUUCGCUCAGAGCCAGUACGCGACGUUCGGCGUGUCACGCGUCAACGCGACCUACGGGAAGAGCCUCACAACGCUGGCCGGCGUGGUGGACGGGACUCUCGUGUCUCACCCUCUGCUGCCCAACACGGAGUCGGCCAUGCUGGACAUCUUCUUGCAGCAGUGCCACUUUUUGCGGCAGGCCGGCCACACGGAGAAAGCCAUUUCGCUCUUCCAAGCCAUGAUGGACUUCAACUUCUACCGGCCAGACACUCUCGCCGAGGUCACCACCAGGGGCCUGGUGGAGUUCUUCGAGACAUUCUGGGACAGCGGGGAACCGAGGUUCGGCGAGCCCGGAGCGCGUGGGUGGAGUGCCUGGAUGAGGCAGAAGGAGAGGGGCGGCUGGGUCACCCUUGACCCUCCAGACGAGGGUGAUGAGGUGGGAGACGAUGACGGGGAGACCCCUGAGGAGGAGCUGGCGGCAUCCUCCGUGCCUCGCUGGCGCGCGUGGUUAUCCGUGGAACGCUCGCGCGAGCGCCGCCAGUGGCUGCCGUGGCGACCGGAUAAGGGCAAAGGUCAGACGGAGACCGACUGCGAGGACCCGGACAGACAGGUAUUAUACGACGACGUCGGCCCGUCUCUCUUCACGCUGCGCACCGCCGACCUGCGGCGCCAGCUCGUCGACCACUUCCUCACCUUCCUGGGCGUCCCGCCGGCGCCAGGACCCACGGACGGGGGUCACCGCCUGCCCCCGCCCUCCGCCUUGGACGACCCGGGGCUGCUGUUCGCCGAGGAGCGGGCGCUGUCGUUGGUGCGCGGCGCGGCGGCGGCGCGGCCCGGCGCCACCGCCCUGGGACCGUCGCCCGACGUGGAGGAGGAGCAGGAGAACGAGUGGGGAGGAGCGACGGCGGCGGCGGCGGUCGCCGGGACCCGGCGGUGGCGGUGGAGCGGCGGCGCCGCCGGAGAGGAGUUCGUGAGGAGCGUGCUGGAGCAAGCGCUCCAGCUGUUCUCCGGCGCGGAGCGGGCGGCCCUGGGUCUGCGCUGGCUGCGGCACCAGAGGGCAAAGGUGGAGGCCGUGCUGGGCUCGGGCGACCGCCGGCGCGCCAAGGCUCUCGGCAAGCGUAGCCGGCGCCUUGCAAAGACCCUCCUCAAGGAACCGGCAAACCGCAACCGCCUGGAACUCUGGGAGGAGUUUGCGCUGCUCGAGUGGCGGCUCGGUGAGCAUGCGGCGGCCCGCAAGGUCCUGGACACGGCCAUCGCCAUGGCCACGGCCUCCGGCGCCGCCGCGAAGACGGCCUCCCCGCCGCCGCUUAGCGACGGGCCCCUGUGCUCGCUGUGCCUCCGCUACGCGCAGCUGGAGCUCGAGGUGAAGGAGGGCGGCGCGGGCGCGGCUGGCGAGGGCGGCCAGCGAGCGACGCACGUGCUGGUCGCGCUGGCGGCGUCGGACGGCGCCGGCUACACCCCGUUUGACGGACGCCCCGCACCGCCGAGCUCCGUGCUGCGUGCGCGCAAGAGCUUCGAUCGUGAGCUCGAUGCGCUGCUGGCGACCGAAUCGAGCGCCGUCGCCGACUCCGGUUCCAGUGGACGGGCCCGUCUGGCGACGGUGGCGUGCUGUGCGGCGACGCUGCAGUACGUCACGGCCAGCGUGUGGGCCGCCGAUGCCGUGUUUGUGCGUGCGAGCGCUGCGCUGCUGGCACAAGGUCGCGACCCCGGAAAGAAAGAUCCAGAAGAGCAGGCGGCGGUGGCGGUGGCGGCAACGGGAAGAGGCCAGGAGGCGCCGGCUUGCGGUGGUGUCCCUGCCGGCAGCGUGGAGCUGGAAUCGCUGCUGCUGGAGCGAGCGAGGCUGCUGCGUUUCCACGCGACGUUGGUGCCAUUCCCACGGCGACCGCUGCGCGAGGCGCUGAGCAGCGCCUUGGCGCUCGUCCCCGACAGCGCCGAGCUGCUGCGGAUGUACACGCAGAACGAGACGGCGAGCGGAGGCCUCCACAUGGGGGAGCUGCGUCGAGCGUUGGAUCGGCUCACGAGGACCGGGGGCAGCCCCCUGCCCUGGCUCUUCGCCGUGUACGCCGAGCUCCGGCGCAAGAGGGCGGUCGACUCCAUCUCCGGCUCGGGCAGAGACGCGGUCUCCGUGGCGAUACCGGAGUCCGGGCUGAGCAACCGCUUGCGCUCGCUGCUGGAGCGUGCGCUGAGCGUGCCCUCCGUGGCGCGCUGCCCCCUCGCGUGGCGCCUCUACUUGCACUUCCUGAGGGUUCAGGGCACGACCUCGCGCAGUGAGGGGAUCCUCUACCGUGCCGUGCAGGCCUGCCCCUGGGCCAAGGUGCUGUACAUGGACGCUGUGCGGAGUUUCCCCGAGCGUGUGCAGGAGCUGACGGACAUGAUGACGGAGAAGGAGCUUCGUCUGCGCGCUCCACCCGAGGAGGUGGACAUCCUCAUGGAGGACUAACCGGGAGGUCGCUACUCUUGCCGCGCUCUCACCCUGCCUGCUUCGUUGUCCUUCCUACGCACUUCCGAUUAGUGCGGUUGGCUACGUACGGUGCGAAAGAAGUUCAACAUGUGUAAUUUGCUGCCCCCGCUGGCACGGGCCAACCAAACACCCGGAGAAAUGGAAGGCCCUGGUGGCCGCACACCGCGGGUGGUAGUAGAUCAGAGAUGGUACUCUGGGGGCCACCGAAUGUCGGAAUCACCGAACGCUGGAGGAGGGGCGGGGGACCGAAAACUAUUGGGGCUCAAGAACAGUGGGCAGACUGAACCCAGGAGCAUUGGUUGGGUUGAUCGAACAACGAAGAUGUUGACACCGGAGAGACCAAACACCAGAGUGACCGAACACUGACCUUGUAAUCUUUCGGAGCGAGGAGUCACAGGAGGGGGACGUGGGUCUGCAAUAAUAAUAAUAAUUAUAUGUCACUUAAUUGCUGGUUGAACGGGGCCCUCCCCAUUGUUUUUCAAUCUCGUGGCUUGUUUGACCAUACUUGUUACCAUGGUGAACGGCGAAGAGGGCUCAGGAAUCGGUUCAGAUGUCGCUCGGCCAGCUGAUGGUAGCCGCGGCCGGGAUUCGAUCUCGAGUUUCUACGUUUGGUAACACGGGAGCGUCCGCCGCUGCGCCACCGCCCCGCUCCGCUCCUGCGUGUGGGCUUGUGCGUGAACUCCAGCUCGGGUCGCUGUUUUGUUUUGGGAGCGGGGAAGUUGCGUUUUUGGGGAAUUUUUGUGAACACAUUGUGAGCCGCCCUUCCGCUGUCUGUGAAUGCGGUGGGCCGCGGGAGCAUUGUUCACCUGCGUUUUAAGGUGGGCGUGUGAAGCAAGGCAAAUAUUAGUUUUGUCUUAGCGCUAAUGCCUCCUGAAAUAAAGUUUUUUUAAAAGAGAGUUGAUAUAAACCACCGUUGCGAAGUUCUUUAAAAUAUUCGGAAACCCUAACGUGUGAGGAGCUGGGUGUAGCUUUGUCCUGUAACUGGCUGUACGUAACCGUUUUUGUAAAGGUAAAUAAAGCGUAGAGUGGGCAAUUGUUCCCGAACGUUUACACCCCGGUGUUCCACACCGCAGGCAAUCCCCGUUUCCCUGAGUGUGUAAAUACAGAAGGGUGUUUCUCACGAUGGCCUGUAUUGCUGUGUUAAUGCGUACAGCACACGCAUAGCCGUUUUUGUCAAUCCACUGCUGGAUGAGGGCCUCCCGACAAGUUUUUUGAAAGUGGACCGGCCCCUCUUUCCUUAACCCCCACCCCACCGAGCAACGUGGUGAAGUAUGGUCAAACAACCCCCAUAAUCGAAGCGGCGGGAGAAGUCUUUCAUCCAGCAGUGGAUUGACGAAGGGCUUCAUAUUCUUGGUUCUUUCGGUAAAGUCACCUAGAAGGGAAAUAAUAAAAUAAUAUUAAUAUAAAACAAUACAAAUUGUCACGACGUUUCGACUGCAACACAAGCAAUCGUCAUCAGGUGUGAAAUCCACAGCAAGAGAAUGUUCCCUUCUACGUGACUUUACCGAACGAACCAAGAAUAUGAAUCCCUGCAGUCACGAAAGCUUUAAAUAAAAAUUUUACGAAGGGCUGUUGAGUGAUACGAGUGUGCAAGUAUGAACAUUGCGGGCUGAUGGUCGAACGUUGUUAACUGUUGCCAAUUCCGAGCUUGGCCGCUGGGUGGCGCCGCGUGACCACUGGCCGUGAAACGGUGGAAGAAAUCCGUGUUCAGCCGACGACAUUGUCCUGUGCAAUGACGACAUUGCCCUGUGCAAUGACAACAUUGUCUUGUGCGGUGACAACUUCUGGUAGAUUUCCAUCUGCGAGGGAGUGUACGCGUCCAGCAGCAGCAGCAGUUCGUUUCUCAAUCCGCUGUUGGAUGAGAGCCUCCCCCAUGAGGGGGGGGGGGGGGUUAAGACCAUACUUCACCACCCGGGUCAUUGCGGACCGGGUGGUGAAGUAUAGACGUGGGAGCAUGGCAGCCCAGUCAAUUUGCUGCGCUUUUACCCUCUGCUGCCCGCAACGCGUCCCCGUAGAAAGACGUUGCAUUAUUUUAUUUUAUAACAGUGACGCAAUGGUCUAAUUUUAAAAGCACCGCUGGUAAAACAACCCCGGGGGAGUCGCAUGUCAAUGUUGUU